GGUGAGAUCACGUGAGAUGUACUGGGGUUAGAUCCGCUGGGCGGCUGAAGCUCAUUGUUAGUGCCCGGGAGGUCAGAGGUCACCGGGGUACUGUUAGACGUCACUCCAGUGUAUGUGCGGAAACAACAUGUCUGUGCCGCUGCUCACCGAUGCUGUGACUGUCCCCGGGCUGGAGCGGGAGACCGCCGCGGUGAUAUUUCUGCAUGGGCUUGGAGAUUCAGGACACGGCUGGGCCGAGGCAUUAUCUGGCAUAAGGCUGCCCUACGUUAAAUAUAUUUGUCCUCAUGCGCCACGCAUCCCUGUGACAUUGAACAUGAAAAUGGUGAUGCCAGCAUGGUUUGACCUAAUGGGUUUAAGUCCUGAUGCUCCAGAAGAUGAAGCUGGGAUCAAGAAAGCAGCAGAGAGCAUUAAGAGUAUUAUUGAGCACGAGGUCAAGAACGGGAUCCCUGCUAACAGAAUUAUCCUGGGCGGAUUCUCUCAGGGAGGAGCCCUCUCACUGUACACAGCUCUCACCUGCCAACACAAACUUGCUGGAGUUGUUGGGCUAAGCUGUUGGCUUCCUCUACACAAGACAUUCCCUCAGGCUUCAAGCAAUUCCCAUAAGGAGAUAUCCAUCCUUCAGUGUCAUGGGGAAGCAGAUCCAAUGAUUCCUGUUCGUUUUGGAACCCUUACAUCUGAAAAGCUAAAAUCUCUUGUGAGCCCGUCUAAAGUCCAGUUCAAAAGUUACCCAGGAGUCAUGCACAGCACCAGCCCAGAGGAAAUGGCCGUAGUGAAAGACUUCAUGGAGAAGAUGCUCCCACGAGUGUAACUCACCGGUGACCUGUAGCAGCAAGGUGCCACUCAGCCUCACCUCAGUGUUUCCUCCCCUGGAUUUCCAUUCCUCCUCUCCCCUUAUGCUCCUAUGAGGGUUUGUUAUACAAGUAUUAUCUAUGUCCUCCUAGCUGUGACUGAAGCGGUUUUAAGGUACAGGUGGGGGCUGCUGCUUCGGCACGUCUUCUCUUCCUGCAUCCUGCAGGCAAUCACAUCACUGCUGCUUCACACAUCAUUAGUGUUACAUUUCAUGUUGUUCUGGUGACACCAGGAAGCCAUCAUAUACCUCAGAGAAGCAGCUGAGUAUUGUGAGUGAUAUGUGAAUGUACCUUUAAAACACUCCGUCCUCUCAGGAGCAGAGCUCAGGCACCACAGCAGCAGGUACCCCACCACCACACCAUCAAAAGCACUCGUCUCCACUGAAGAGAGAACCGUCACAUCUCUGCUUUUGUCUCCACUGCUUGGAUUGUUGAUUUGCGAGAUUUGAUAUGAAAUGGGAACGUUGGGAACAGAGCAGAGUUCCACUUAACCUGAAAUCACAUUGGUUUGCGCGUUAUUUUGUGUUCACGUCCGAGCUGGUUCUGGACUGGGAGAGGUUAAUGCUGGGGGGUGUUGAGCUGUAUAAUAAACACACCGGCUUGAUCCUCUGUA